UGUAAUCAAAAACAUCGGAUUUAAUCAUUAACAAUUCAAAUCAACAAAGGAUGAAAAAAUAUAUACACAUCUAGAUGCAUUCAUAUUUACAUUAAAACAUGUGUAAUUACAUCAAAUGAAACCUUGCACACAAUCAACUAAUAUAUUAAUUUCCAAUCAUCAUUAACACAUAAGUUAAUAUUAACUUGGAUAAUGAUUCAAAUCAAUGGAAACCAAAGAAAUUAGCUGAUUGUUGAAGACACAAAAUGAAAGUGAACACACAUUUGAUGGGAAAUUAAACUUAAAAACCUGUUGACAUUAACAUUGUGACUGGAGUAACUUGCUUGUCAACAGAUUGAUGAUGAUCAUGUUCAGAUUGACAGGAGCAGCGUAAAAACAACAAUUAACAAAAAUAUAUAUUCAACAAUUAUAGCAUUAUCCUGAAAAUGAAGCUAAUUUUCAGGCUUUAACUUUGAACUCUCAGCUGUGAAACAGCCAAUAAAAGGAGACAAAAAACGGGAUGAGAAUCUGGUUUAACGUUUAAUUUGAAAUUUGCAGCAUUUUUUAGCUGAUUGUUGUUCACAAAUCAACACUUUAAAGGAUUGAUUUCGAUGAAAUGUAUUAAUACAAAUGGAUGAAGGAACGUAACAAGUUAUAAAAAGAUUGAAUGAAAUGAACAAUGAAAAACAUUAUAUUGACCCAAGCCUGAUAUAAUUAACAACUUAAUCAAUUAAUUUACUCGAAACCAAUUUUUCAAUGACUACUUAUCGUGAUGAGGAUUAAUUUAGAAACAUGUUGAUCAAUGUGAUUGACCAUUUUAACUAAACUUAAUUAACUUUUGAAAGUAAAUUGAAUUGAAACAAUUAAAAGUAACCUUUGCAUGGGAAUGGAAAGCAAAAGCUCAAAUAAUUCAAUUAAAAUGUUGGAACUUUGGAAUUUAAAUUUAAGGUGAAAAAUGUAAUUAAAUAAAUUGCAAUGAAAAGGUUGAUGGAAUUGAUGAAAUUUGAUGAAAAAAGGGAAAAAUUGAUGACAAUAUUCCAGAUAUUUGAACACUUUACUUUCACUUGAUUGAGAAAAGUGAAUUUUUACCAAAUGAAGUAAUUGUUAUUCAUUGGAGCCAUUUUUUCAAGACUUAUAAUUAUGAUUAAAGUUUUGCAGGUUUGACACUUCAUUUGAUCAGUUACAGGAUUUCAAUCAAAGCUUGGCUUUUGCCGUUUUAACCUCAUCAACGGUGCAUGUUCAAGUGUUGAAGGAUUUACACCGAUUUUUCAAUUUGCGUUAACAGUUAAUAUUAACCAUGAAACUGUUGGCUUUCAUUUUGUGCUCAGUGUUCAUUGUUGAUGCAACCUUUGGUGAUCCCUUGACUGCUCUGGUUAAAGCCAUAAGUCCCGAAGUUGAACCUAAAAAUGGCCUUUUUGAGAUGAACACUUUAACCCAAGCCUUACAACCUUCAGCUUCACAUGGAUGGGGUCAUCAUGGCUGGGGUGGUCAUGGCGGUGGACAUGGACAUGGAUGUAAAGAGGAAGUCGUUCAUCAUCAUCAUCAUCACCAUCAUCAUUCAAAGAUGAUUGCUCAUCAUGUUCACGACCAUGGCCACAAACACGGACAUCAUCAUGGACACAAACAUGGUCAUCAUCAUGGACAUAAACACGAAGCUUGGCAUUCACAUGGACACAAGCAUGGACAUGAUCACGGUCAUCAUCAUGGUCACAAACAUGGUCAUGGACACAAACAUGAUCAUCAUCAUGGUCACCAUCACAGUCAUGGACAUAAACACGAUCACGGUCAUCAUCAUGGGCAUAAACACGGACACGGGCAUAAACACGACCAUUGGCACGGGCACGAUCACAAGCAUGGUCAUAAACACGGUCACGACCAUUGGCAUGGACACGAUCACAAACACGACAAUUGGCAUUCCCAUAAACAUGGACAUGGACACAAACACGGUCACCAUCAUGGACAUGAUCACGGACACCAUCACGGUCACCAUCACCAUGGAUGGCAUGAUCAUGGACACCAUGGACAUGGUUGGGGCGAUCAUGGAAACGAUCACGGCUGGGGACAUAAAUCAAUCCACAGUUAUUCCGCCAAAGGAGGCGAUGAUUCAAAGUAUAUUCCUGAAUCUGGAAUCAGUGGACCAGGAUAUAAACUCAUCGAAUCUUUUAGUCAAUCAUCUGACAAACCAGAUUCAGAAUCUUAUGCUGCCAAGUCUUAAAUUUGGUCACAUCGUUUUACUGGUAAAGAGUCUAGUUUUUGUUGGCUUACACACAACCAGAAAAUGAUAACCAAAUCAUAUGAUUUUAUUGAACCUUUCAACUCCUAACCAAACCAUUGAUCAUUCAAUGAAAUCACAUUGUAAAAUAUUGUAAAUUUCAAGGGAUUUUUUGGGUUUUAAAAUAUCUAUUUUUUGCUUCUUUACUUUCCAUUUUUAAAAACAUACUUUUGUACAUAAAACACAUUCAUUUAUAACAAUUAAAUUUAAUUCUGCACUUACCUUUAGCUGAUUUGAACAUCUUUAAAUUGUCUUUGACUGUGUCAUAAUUAACUUUAAUGCCUAAAACCCACUUUUAACCUUCAUUGUAAAAUUAUAUUCAUGAGAAGUGAAAUUAAAAUACAAUUGUAUUAACCAGCUUUAAACCUGAUCCUAAUUGAUCAAAAUGGUCUUUAAUCAGAUGAGAUUCAAUCACUUGGUUGGCGACGAAAAGAUGGCAAAAAUUGAAUUAAAUUAAAAAGUAAAUUUCAUCAACAAUCAAUUGAUUUAAUCAGAGGAAAUAUUAUGUUUUAUUGUUCUCAUGAUCUUCCUUUAAACCAAGAAAUUAUGUUAACCACUAAAAAUGACAAUUUAACAGACAAAAAGGUCAACAUCACCAUUAUCAUGAUUAUUGUUUUACAAAACUAUCAUUUCCAGUGAAAUGAACAUUGUAAUUAUCAUUUUCCGUUUGAUCUACAACUGCUCUAAUCAUCGCUAUUUGAGUAAUCAUAAUUUAUGUUCAUAUGUAUUAUUAAAGGCAACGGAAAAAGGACAAUAAAAUCAACAUUUAAAUGCACAACGUAAUUAAUUCAACAGUUAAUAUUUUUAGGUUGACUUUUAUGUUUACUUGACAUUCAAAGCUUUGAUUGUUCAAAAUUUGCUUCAACAAUUGUCAAUAGCUUUGAAAGGUAAGUUUUAAAAUUAAAUUAUUACCAUUGUCAAGAUUGACAAUUAGCUCAAGUAAACAUUGAGAUUGACAUUAGUGAAACCAGAUUUCAGGUUGAGAGUUUCAUGGAAAAGCAGAAAUGUUAAUUUUUCAUCGAUUAAACAGUCAAUUGUUAGACAUUAGCUUGUCAAUAAUGUCCAACAAUCAACCUUGUCAGAUGCUAUCAGUUAAUAUGUUCACAUUUUUCAACAAAAUUGAGCUUCUUCUGUAUCUUUCACUAUUUCCAGCUAUUAUUUUUAAUUGUGAGAAAUUCACAUGCAAAGUUAAUUGUCAGGGUAAUUUGAGUUUACAUUUAAAUAGAUUUAAUAAAGAUAAGUGAUUGAACCUCCGAUUUAGAGCCACCAAUUUGUUGUCAAAUCAAUUAUUUUGAUCACAAUUUUUCCCUGGUUUUAACCUAUUCUCUUGAUUUACUCUAAUCAAAUCCAAUUGCCAAUUUUACCAGUUGUUAUAAAAUAUGCAAUUUUUAGCUCGUGGUUAACAUGAAGGAGGAGAGAGAAAGCAAAAGAUAUAAUUAAAACAAUGACAAAAAUAAAUGCCAAUGAUAAUCAAAUGAAUCGGUUAAUCACUGGAAACACGCUUCUGAACUUGAAUAUUGCGUUCAUUUGUUAACACUCUUCAAUCAUACGAUAAGAAACAAUACCAAUCUGAUAAUUAACAAAGCACAAUCAAGUACACAAAUUGGCUGAAAUUUUCUGGUUAUUUCCAAUUAAUUUGAGAUGCACAUUGGAAAAAAAUUGAUGUUCACCGAUUUUCCUCGCUCAUAGAUCAACAUUCAAUCGGUUUCUUUAUCUUCUUCUUCUUCAUCAUCAUCAUUAUCAUCAUUACCAGUUUUCUUGCUUUCCUUCAGCUUCUUAUUCUCAGUUUCCAUGAUUCUGGUUGUCAUGUUACCAGCUAUUUAAACGUUUUCCUUCCUUCCUUCCUUCUUUGACUCUUUUUUGAUUUGCUUUGUUCAUUUGAGAUUAUCUUCUUUAUCAUCAUCAUCAUCAUUAUCAUCAUCAUAUUCUUUUCUUUGAACCUCAGAAGAAGAAAACAAAACAAUCAAGUAAUCUUUUUUGCUUAUACCCUCAAUUAGUGUAAGCAGCGAAACAGUUUACACCCCACUGAAACACAACAUGAAGAGGAGAGGAAGAAACAAGAUGUUGAUGUUAUGAUUAUGAUGAAAAGAGAUGAAAAAGAUGACGAUGAUGAUAUAAAAGAAACCUUUUUCUUCAUCUUUUUCGAGAGAAACAUGCAAACGCCAAGAUGAGAGGAAAAGAUGAUCAAACUCAUGUUUUUAGUGGUCUUUAACUCGACCUGUUCACGUUUAUCUGAUCGCGCCAAUGAUUAAUUUAGGCCCAAGGUUAGCUUUUAAGCUGAAACAAUCAACAAAUAUAACAACAAAAAACUAAUAGUUGAUCCAUAAACAACUAACAGCAGCAGUAAAAGAAAAGGUAAAGUAAAAUAACGAAAUUCAUGUUUGAUGUUAACUAAAGUUGUUGUUGAUGUUGUCUUUUUUAGAGAUGAUAAUGUUGAUGAUACAUAAUAAUGAUGACGUUGAUGUGAGAUUGAAAACAUGUUAUUCAAAAAAGCGUGAAUAAAUGUUUCAGAAGUCAUCAUCAUUGUAUUUCAGCGAUGAGUAAAUAAAUGGGGGAGGCAAGAAAAUUUCAAAUUGAUUGUGGGUGUCGUCCAGCAGUUUACGUUCAAUCGAAACUGAGGACUUUGUUGGUUUUUUUCGUUUUUUGCUCCUAAACGAGAAAGUACACAUAAUUACAAUGAUCUUGGCAUGAGAUGAGCGAUAGACACAGAGAAGAAAGAGAAAUAGCGAGUGAAAGUAAGAAGAGAAAGAGAAAUAGAUUAUAAUAAAGGAAUUUUGAUAUUUAAGAAAGACAGAGAGAGAGAAGAGAGAGAGAAAAGAAAGACAAUAAAACGAGAGAGAAUGAAGUGUUUGCAUAAUGCGAAAAAAAAGAGGAAAUAUCGACGUUCUUGUUGGUAAAAUGUUCAGGUUAAGCGAUGUCAUCGAUGCUUGGUUUGUUGUAAGCUUUGUAAUUUGAUGAUGUUAAUGGCGUUGGUGAUGGUAAUGACUAUGAUACACAGCACAAAUAAAAAUGGGACACUCAAAUAAUAAGUUGAUGAAAGUGCCUAGUUUACCAGAAAACUAAUGUAAGCGUGUGAAUGAGAAUGAUGAGAAGAACAGUGAGAUUAAAUACAUUGAACAUGUUUUUGGUGUUUUCUUCAUCUUGCGAUUUUUUGCUUUUUUUGAAUGUUGAUUUUGUUGAUGCAUUUCUCCUAAAAUCUUGUUUUUUUUGUUUGUGCUUUGUUAUUUUGUGAUGAAAUGAUUUUUCAAAAUGUGGAUUAAAAUAUAAAGCCACCGUCAUCAUCAGGAUCAAUCUGGAUAAUUUGACUGGGUGUUGAUUAAAUUAAAUAACGUUGACUUAAAAAGUAUAACCAUAAAUAACGUCGAUAACUCUUUUUUUCCUGAGUAACUCACGAGGAAGUCAG